GAUAGUUCAAUAACGAUGUCGAUAAAUCGCACUUUGUUACAGGACGUAUCAUAUCACGUAUAUAUUUAAAAAUCGAAUUUGUGUGUGUAUCUUAUAGAAUAGAAGAAAGCAAAAAGUGGAAAAAAAUACUUUUGAUGUGUUCUGUAUGAUUUUGCAUUUUGCAUCCUAUUACCUCUCGAGAAGUUGUAUUUUGAGAAAUAAUAUUCGACGAACCUUAACCUCCCAGCCUGUUAUAAAUCCGAAUGUCGAUAAAGAAAAAUCGAUAUUGGUCAAACAGAUGGGUAAGGUAACUACAAUUGGUAUAAACCGUCCAGAAAAAAGAAAUUGCCUGGAUGUAAAAACUGCUCAUCUCUUAUCAGAAACACUGGAUGAAUUUGAAAAUAAUAAUGAAUCGUUAGUGGCAGUAUUAUAUGGAGUAGGAGGCAAUUUCUGUGCUGGUUAUGAUCUCAAAGAAAUUGCGGACUACAAUGGUGAUAAUGAGGAGAGCAUAGCAUAUUUUGGACCACUGGCGAAUAGAACUGAAUUAUCCAAAAAGCCAUUGAUCGCAUCUUUGAGUGGAUAUGCAGUUGGAGUAGGAUUUGAACUUGCAUUAAUGUGUGAUUUGAGAAUCAUAGAAGAUACAGCAACACUAGGCUUUUUAAACCGACGUUUUGGUAUUCCAAUUUCAUGUGGAGGUACUAUUCGUUUGCCUGCCAUGAUUGGGUAUUCUAGGGCUCUGGAUCUUAUACUGACGGGAAGAAAAGUUACUGCACAGGAAGCAUUUAAUUGGGGAAUUGCAAAUAGAUAUACAUGUUGUGGUGCAGCUCUAGGUACAGCAAUAAACUUAGCAACGUCUCUUGUAAAAUUCCCACAGAAAAGUUUGCUGGCAGAUCGCACUUCGACAUAUUUUGCCACGUUUUCGAAACAAAUAGAAGAUGCCUUACAGUUUGAAAAAGAUAAUUCUUCGAAUUUAAUAUUAGAGGAAGGUGUUCUAGGUGCCAAGAAAUUCAUCAAUCAUGAAAUUGGAAAGCAUGGAAAAUUUUAUGAUAUUACAGAGAGGGAUACAAGCAUUCGAGAAUUAGAUGAACAUUUAUUAUAAGAACUUCUGAUGUACAAAUGCAUAUAAGUGUAUAUAAUGAUGUAAAUAUACUUUUAAUGUAGCUUUCUGUAAUAAAUUUGAAAAACUUAUUGAUUUUCGUAAUAAGAAA